AUGUCGCACUCACACGAAGGCGUCUCCCACGCACAUGAUGGCGGCUUCAACGCCCAGGAGCACGGCCACUCACACGAGAUUCUCGAUGGCCCGGGCAGCUACGUUGGGCGCGAGAUGCCCAUCGUCGAGGGCCGGGAGUGGUCCGAUCGAGCCUUUACCGUUGGAAUUGGCGGGCCCGUCGGCUCCGGCAAGACGGCGCUCAUGCUCGCCCUCUGCCUCGCUCUCCGCCAGGAGUACUGCCUCGCGGCCGUGACCAACGACAUCUUCACGCGCGAGGACGCCGAGUUCCUGACGCGCCACGCCGCGCUGCCGCCCGAGCGCAUCCGCGCCAUCGAGACGGGCGGCUGCCCGCACGCCGCCGUCCGCGAGGACAUCUCGGCCAACCUGGCCGCCCUCGAGGACCUGCACCGCGAGUUCGCCACGGACCUGCUCCUCAUCGAGUCGGGCGGCGACAACCUGGCCGCCAACUACAGCCGCGAGCUCGCCGACUUUAUAAUCUACGUCAUCGACGUCAGCGGCGGCGACAAGGUCCCGCGCAAGGGCGGCCCCGGCAUCACGCAGAGCGACCUGCUCGUCGUCAACAAGACGGACCUGGCCGAGGCCGUCGGUGCCGACCUGGGCGUCAUGGAGCGCGACGCCCGCAAGAUGCGCGAGGGCGGGCCCACCGUCUUCGCGCAGGUCAAAAAGGACGUCGGCGUUCAGCACAUUGUCAACCUGAUCCUGAGCGCCUGGAAGGCGAGCGGCGCCGAGGAGGAGAGGAGGAGCCAGGGCGGACCCAGGCCGACGCCUGGCCUGGAGAGUUUGAAGAAGUAA